AUCUUAUUGAAACAGCGACAAAGAAAAAGACACCUAAACGAAUACUUUGACGCAUUCUCACCAAAUUAACAAACCCCCAUUAUUGGCUUUGGUUUAAUUUGUUUAUUCAAUCCUUGGGGUUGGAGUCUUCAACCUCACCUUAACCCCUUUUUCUCCCUUUCUUUUUUCUUUAUUACCUUAUCUUUUUCCCAUCCAUUUAGGGUUCUUCAUUUUCUAGUACUCCACUUCUUUUCUUUUAUUCCCAAUUGAUUGAUCUUGAUUAAUUUGUUGGAUGACGAACCGGUGGUGGGCGGAGAGCGGCGGCGGCGGUCUACCUGAGGCUGCGGGGCUGGACUCGUCGCCGGCCAUCAGGAAACCGGAUCUGAGCAUAGGCAUGAACGAGGAGAGCGAGGAGCCGAAGGAGGGGGCGGUGGAGUCGUCGGCGCGGCGGGCGAGGGGGAGGCCGGCGGGGUCGAAGAACAAGCCGAAGCCGCCGAUCUUCGUGACGCGCGACAGCCCCAACGCGCUGCGGAGCCACGUGCUCGAGGUGGCCAGCGGCUCCGACGUGGCCGACUCCAUCGCGCAGUUCGCGCGGCGCAGGCAGCGGGGCGUCUGCGUGCUCAGCGCCAAUGGAACAGUGGCCGACGUCACCCUCAGGCAGCCCUCCGCCGCCGGCGCCGUCGCGCUGCCCGGCCGCUUCGAGAUACUGUCCCUCACCGGAUCGUUCCUGCCCGGGCCCUCGCCGCCGGGCUCCAUGGGGCUGACCGUGUACCUGGCUGGCGGGCAGGGGCAGGUGUUGGGGGGCAGCGUGCUCGGGGCGUUGGUGGCCGCGGGGCCAGUCAUGGUGAUCGCCUCCACCUUCUCGAAUGCGGUGUACGAGAGGCUGCCGCUCCAGGAGGAAGAGGAGGGGGAGGAGGAAGCAGCGGCGGAGCAAGGUGGGAUGCAAGGUGAAGUAGGUGGACAAAUGAGCAAUGAAAACUAUGCUAAUUGGAGUCAUGGGCGCAAUCCAUACUAGGUUCGUACUAAUGUCAAAAUGAGAUCAAAUCAUUUUAAAUGUGUAUACGGGCUUGCCUUAUGGCCGUGAUGUGUUGUACGAGUCAGUAACUCUCUCCUAAAAAGUGUGACGUUUUGGUUGUGUUUGAUAAUCGGAUCUUCGAUUGUGUUGAGGUGCGCUUCAGAAAUUCAUUUUAUUUCCUCCAGAGUGUAUUGCGCUCGUAUUCAUCGGACCGUUUAAUGACGUUCAACGCCUAUAAAUAGAGAUUCAUGUAAGGGACGUAUGCACCAUGGUGAGGCAGUGAGGAGGGCAUUGACAACUUUGUUGAACGUGGUGGAAUAU